CGUCGCGGUUACCGGCGUCGCGGCGCCGAUGGCGCUCGGGUUUGCGGUUUUGGGACCGUUGAUGGGAGGAGGAGGGGGGACCGCGACGCAGUGCUUCGCCGCGGGCGCCGCGCUGUGCUCGACGAGCUUGGGGACGACGUUCGCGGUGCUCGAGGCGAGCGGGCUCGCGGAUACGAGGGUCGGCACGGUGCUGGGGACGGCGGCUAUGAUGGAUGAUGUUUUGGGCUUGGUCAUGGUGCAGAUCGUGUCGAGCUUGGGAGGGGCGGCGGCAGCGACGGCCGGGGGAGGCGGUAAUGGUGAUGGUGAUGGUAACGGCGACGGGCAGGUGAGGAUCGACGUGGGGAAUACGGUGCUCAGACCCGUGCUGGUGUCGCUAGCGUUCGCGGGCGCGGUCCCGCUCGCGUGUCGGUUUGUGCUGAGGCCUUUUGUUAUGCCGUUGAUUAUGAGGAGGGCAAAGAUAGAAGGGAAUGAUGAGGAUAGGGUGGAGGGGUGGUGGUGGUCCCGGUGGAAUAACGUCUUGGGCUCGAAACACACGGCCUUCUUGGCUCAGACUGCGCUCCUGAUCGCCCUGGUUGUGAGUGCUAGUUUUGCGGGAGCGUCUGUGCUUCUUGCUGCGUAUCUUGCUGGCAUCGUAGUCAGUUGGUGGGCGGAUUCGUUAGGAGGUAGUCUGCAAGGAGAGUCCUCUCGAGAGCAUGAGGCUGAGUCUGAUGUAGAGAGCUCGGGGCUUUCUGGGUCGUUGGAUGAAACGACGGUGCAAACUGUUGAUAAUAGCAGUAAUGCUUCUGCCACAUCCCAAGCCCCAACUUCCAGGGAAUCGCAACAGCAACAGCAACAACAAGAACAAGAACAUCAGCAGCAAAGGCCAGAACACUCUGCCCUUGAAGUAUAUGAAACUUACUAUUCGCAAGCCGCUCAUCGGAUCCUGAAGCCGCUCUUCUUCGCUUCCAUCGGCUUUUCUAUUCCUAUCUCUGACAUGUUUUCAGGGGACGUAGCCUGGCGCGGUGUUAUCUACGGCAUACUGAUGGCGAUUGGGAAGAUGGUGUGCGGCUUAUGGCUGGUACGAAUACCUCUCUCUGCCGGCGGAUUUAUAGGGACACUUGUCUCGUCCGUCUCGUCCCGGUAUCAAGCCCUUUUCUCUAGGUUCCGCCGACCGCGAAAAUCGACCAAUGCAUCCCCGGCAAAGAAUAGGGCGCCUGCGGAAGAAAUCCAACUUGAGCCAGUUUCUGUUGCUACCCCUCGAUCCGUCGAGAAUGAGACAUCAGGAAGUAAUAGGGAAGUUGCAGAUUCAUCGCGGGCGACGGUUCAACAACUAGUCGCCCCAUCCCUGCCCAGUAGAGAUGGAGGCUUAGGGGGAAAUUCCAUGCCGGCAAAACCUCUCUCGCUCUACCCAGCUGCCAUCGUAUCGUGCGCGAUGGUGGCGAGGGGCGAGAUUGGGUUCUUGAUCUCGGCUGUGGCAGAGAGUAAAGGCGUUUUCCGGCGGCCGUCUGAUAAUGCUAGCGAGGGUGCGUCGGAACUCUUCCUCGUCGUGACGUGGGCGAUCGUCUUGUGCACGAUUGCCGGCCCGAUAUGCGUCGGUACGCUUGUCAGGAGAGUUAAAAAGCUUGAGGCACGAGCCGCGAGGGCUGGAGAGAGGGGGACGAAGAAUGUUCUUGGUGUCUGGGGCGUUCAGUAGGUUUGUUGACGUUGGGUACGAUCUACUAGGAGUUUAAGGCAGACAGUAAUGAAUACAGCAGCAAGGAUUCCGGCUGUCAAUGCAUAGGUCUCCAUGAUAUUAGUUGAAUAACCAUGUGAGGUAUUCGGAUUUAAUACUCGUAGGAUAAGGUAAUAUUUAUAUAGAGAAUUUUACGGAUAUACCAUACUUCCUACUUCGUAUCAAAUAAACCAAGCGGCCUCGUCGUUACGGGUCUUCAGCGGCGCACGGAAUUCGUUCGCUUAACCCCAUCCAUGAACAAGACGGUCACUCAACAAGUGAAAACCGAGGGUCCAGGGAUCUUAUAUGGGCUGCUGGUUCCGGGGGGCUUGUUGUAGAUGUCAAUGAGUAGGCCGGGGUCGUUAGACUUGUAGAUGCCCGGGAUGCUCGCCGUCGUUGGCUUCUUUGUUGCCUUGCCACCAGUGAUGUUGAUC